AUGUUCUCUCGAGCGGGGAAGGUUCGCGUCUUCAAUCGUCUCCGAGAUGCUCGAUUGCUUCUUCGGGUUGGAAAAUCCCGACGACUAUCAGCUUCUGGCGAACACCGUCGAUUCGAUCCUCCCAAACAACCACUGUUGGCUCUCUAUCCGAUUCGUCUCCUUCGUCCAUCGACCCACAUUUCUCCUGCUCGCCACCCUCACAAGCUUGGUCCACCCUUGAGGAAUGAAUUUGUGAUGUCGCCGCUGCGAAGUUCCGACGAAGCGAAGUUGAAGGAGAGGAAAUAG